UAGUAUUAUUUUUUUGAUAUUAUAGUUUCCUGAGUAAAGCCAUAUUUAAGAAAAAGGUACCAGCCAAAAAACUAGCGUUGCAUUAAUUGAAAAAGUUAAAAUGUCAAACAUAAUACUUUAUGGCUUCUUGUCUUGCUCGUUUUGCUAGACUGGAUUUGCGUGACGCAGUUUUUUUAGCAAACAAAAUAUUUUGGUUCAUCAAUUGUAAUAUACAUUAUCAAAUACCUAAUUAGUAAAAGAUUUGUGUUUGUGAGCUACUGGUGGACAAUAUCCAACAUUUUCAAUGAGAACAUGGCUAAGGAAGAUUUAUUGGGAGUUGAAAUGGGAAAACUAGAAAUUCAACCUACUAGGCCUAAUGUUAUUGUCAAAGAAGAUAACCCAUUCACUAACCAAAACUAUGGAAAAUGUGUAUUUACAAGACAUAUAAAUAAGUACAAAUGUUCUUGUAUAUUACCUAAAAGAAAUAUAAAACCUAUAAUAAACAAAAAGAAAAAUAAAAAGGUGUUGAGGGAGCCUGUACUCAAAUUACUUCAGAGUAGCAGUAAAAAUGACCACAAGGAGACAAAAAAUUCUUCAGACAAAAUUGAUUGUUCAACACAAAGCCUUCACUCAGAUAUUAUAAGUUUGUGUGCUCUUGUUGAUGACUGUAAUCAGCUGAGGAUAUCUUCCAAUGACACAAAAAAGUACUGUGUUAAUUCAGCAGAAAAUAAUCAUAAUCAUUGGUGGAAAAAUAACAUAUCACAAGCAAAAGUAGUUAGAAAAACUGUAGUAGAACCCAAUCAAGGAAGCUCUUGUUCACAGCAGGCUCUGAAUCCACCAUGUGAUGUCACGAUUGAUGAAUUAGCUAGUUAUUUUGAAACAUUGGUCCAUAUACCAAAAAAAAUGUCAUCCAUGGCUGAAAUGAUGUACAUUUAAAAUGUUACUUGACUUUUGGUAAUUAAUUAUGUGGUCCAAAAAUGCCCUAACAGCAUUUCUGCAAAUUAGUCUGAAGUAAACUGUAUUUUUGUGAAAAGGAGUUGUGAUUACAAUUCAAUACUUCUUGAUGAUUUAUUAAGAUUUUAAUGUUAAAUAUUUCUUUUUUAAUGAAAUUAUUAAAAUAUAUUCAUUAUUAGAACAAAAUAUGUUACUCUUGACCAAAGUCAGUAAAUUGACAUUAAGGGAUAUUCUAUUCAAAAUCAAAUGAUGUUUGUAUAAUGAUAGAUCAAUUUCAUAAAUUACUAGCAGUCUGUCCUGGUUUCACUCAGGUAAAAACAUAUUAAAUUAUACAUCUAAACCUUCUUCAGGAACCACACUAUCUAUUGGUGAAAACUGUAUGAAAAUCCGUGCAGUAGUUUUUGAGUUUAUCUAGAACAGACAUGGCAGAGGACUUUGUUUUUUGUAUUAUUAUUAUAAUGGAAUAUUUCAUGGGGUUCGUCUUAUCUAAUAUUCCUAUAGGAGUGAAGCCCCAGGAUGACACUUGUCAACUAUAGAAAAGGUAUUGUGAUUAUGAUUGGUGAUAUUUUGAGAUAUCAAAGGAACUUAAUUCUUCUGCAUAUUCUGGAGUUGUGGAGUGAACUUUCUGCCUAGGUUUUCCCAAAAGACUACAUGGAGUUUUUAAGAAAGCAUGAAAAGAUUCCCUCAGGGCUGGCAACACCAAUUAGUAUAAUAAUGAUCUAUUCUGGAAAUGGAGAUAAGAGUCCCAAAUGCAGGUGGGCUGUAUGCAUGUUUGCGUACAACCAGUAUAUAUACAUUAUAUAUAUAUAUAUAUAAAGAAAUAGUGUUUACCUCAUUUGAAAUUUUAAUUCAACAAACUCAAACUAUAGAGCUCAUAAAAAGCAUAUUAUUCUCAUACACGAGCAAAGCAAAUGUCAUUCGAUUUCGAAUAGGGGAUCAACAGGCAUUUGCCUGUUUUUUUAUAGUUAAGUAAUUUGAUAAAGAUGUAACAUAGAGGUCAUUAUAGGUAGUUGGAAUUUAGGUAUUUGAGUGGUUUAAAAAAGUAUCCUAUAGCAUAUAAGUCUGUAUUUUUUGUUCAAUAAAUGAAGAUGUACUAGGAAUGUCUAUUUACUGACUUAAAUUGGAGUUUAAAAUAAUGAUUAAUAAAUAUAUAAUGUCUCAGUUAA